ACUUCCCUCACGCAACAUGGACGUUUUCAGACACUUCCUGUGAAUUUGAGGUUACUCUGAUCUAGGACUACUUGCAUGACCAAAGCCAAGAUGGCAGACAUGGCGCUUGCCAGCGUGUUGGAGAGACCGCUACCGGUGAACCAGCGCGGGUUUUUCGGACUCGGGGGUCGUGCAGAUCUGCUGGAUCUAGGUCCAGGGAGUCCCAGUGAUGGGCUGAGCCUGGUCGCGCCCGGCUGGGGUGUCCCAGAAGAGCCAGGAAUCGAAAUGCUUCAUGGAACAACCACCCUGGCCUUCAAGUUCCGCCAUGGAGUCGUAGUUGCAGCUGACUCCAGGGCUACAGCGGGUGCUUACAUUGCCUCCCAGACGGUGAAGAAGGUGAUAGAGAUCAACCCAUACCUGCUAGGCACCAUGGCUGGGGGCGCAGCGGAUUGCAGCUUCUGGGAACGGCUGUUGGCGCGGCAAUGUCGAAUCUAUGAGCUUCGAAAUAAGGAACGCAUCUCUGUAGCAGCUGCCUCCAAACUGCUUGCCAACAUGGUGUAUCAGUACAAAGGCAUGGGGCUGUCCAUGGGCACCAUGAUCUGUGGCUGGGAUAAGAGAGGCCCUGGCCUCUACUACGUGGACAGUGAAGGGAACCGGAUCUCAGGGGCCACCUUCUCUGUAGGUUCUGGCUCUGUGUAUGCGUAUGGGGUCAUGGAUCGGGGCUACUCCUAUGACCUGGAAGUGGAGCAGGCCUAUGAUCUGGCCCGUCGAGCCAUCUACCAAGCCACCUACAGAGAUGCCUACUCAGGAGGUGCAGUCAACCUCUACCACGUGCGGGAGGAUGGCUGGAUCCGAGUCUCCAGUGACAAUGUAGCUGAUCUACAUGAGAAGUACAGUGGCUCUACUCCCUGAAAGAGGGUGGAUGCAGCUGCUUGUGUUUCUUGAGGUGACUGUCAUUGGUAAUAAUGGAUACAGUGACCCAUCCCCCAUCCUGUUUAUAGUGGAAGGGCCUUCAAUUGUAUCAGUACUUUAAGUUCUGGCACAUUGACCUCUGUGUUACCAGUCAUUAAUGAGCUGCUGCAGAGGUGACUAUUUGUUUUACUUUCUUGAAUGUUAACAUUACACUACUCACUACUCAACCUCA